GUAUUUCCAUAUAAAACCCCAUACAGAUCUAUACUUAUUGUUUCAGCUCACAUUCCAUUCGAUUACACCGUCCAGCAUUAUCAAUUUGUUAUCGUAUUUCGUAUUAUUUCAAGUGAAAAUGGGCAGUCGUUAUACCGAUCCUAAUCCAUUUCAAGAAGAUGAAGGAGAGGAAUUUAACCCAUUUGCGAAUCAAGCCACUCAAGGGAACAACCACGGUGGAGGUGCAUUUUAUAUGCCAGCUCAUGGUAGUGUGCCUCCUGCAACUUCGAAACUAUCACCUCUUCCCCCAGAGCGUGCUGGCUACGAUCGUGGUGCAACAAUUAGCAUCCCUCUUGAUAGUGACCAAGAUUUUAGAACCAAAGAGAAGGAACUCAAAGCUAAAGCGACUGAACUGAAGAGGAGAGAACAGGACCUUAAGAGGAAGGAGGAUGCAAUUGCCAGAUCUGGAAUUGUUCUAGAGGAAAAAAAUUGGCCACCAUUUUUGCCUAUUAUUCAUCAUGACAUUACCAAUGAAAUCCCUAUUCAUCUUCAGAAAUUACAAUAUGUUGCAUUCACAAGUUUCCUUGGGGUUGUAGCUUGCCUUGUAUGGAAUCUUGUAGCAGUGACUGCUGCCUGGAUAAAAGGCGAAGGUCCAACUAUUUGGUUUCUUGCUGUUAUCUAUCUGAUAGCAGGAGUUCCAGGGGCUUAUGUUAUGUGGUAUCGUCCUUUACAUCGUGCUAUGAGAACUGAUAGCGCUUUGAAAUUUGGAUGGUUUUUCUUGGCUUACAUGUUUCACAUUGCCUUUACUGUAUUUGCUGCUGUCGCUCCUCCUAUUAUCUUCAAGGGAAAAUCUCUGACUGGAAUUUUACCGGCACUUGAUUUGUUAACAUCUAAUGCUAUUGUCGGGAUCUUCUACAUGAUUGGAUUUGCAUUAUUUGCUCUUGAGUCAGUGAUAAGCAUUUGGGUCAUUCAGCAAGUUUACAUGUAUUUCCGGGGCAGUGGAAAAGCUGCAGAGAUGAAGCGUGAGGCUGCAAAAUCAACUAUGAUGGCAGCAUUCUAACAUGGGUAAGAACACAAAACUAUAACUUGUUGAAGAGGGUUCAAAGUUGGGUAUCGCAGCAAGUAGCUAGCUUUAUUGUUAUUAUUCUUUUCAUAGAAGUGACAUUUUGUCCAAGAAUUUGGACAAACAGAUGCUUAUAUUCAUUGUAACUUCAGUGUCAUGGAUAUCAUAGUAAAAUGAGCGACGCUUUUAUUUCAAGUAACAAACAAGCUUACAAUCA